AUGACGGAGGUAUCGUCGACCCGCCUGUAUCUCGGGAACCUUCCCCGCAACGUGACCAAGCCGGACAUCGAAGAGCACUUCAGCAGCCAUGGCAGCGGCAAAAUCACCGAGAUCAAGCUGAUGAACGGCUUCGGCUUCAUCGAAUAUGAAGAUGCAAUGGAUGCCCGGGAUGUAGUUCCUGCGUUCCAUGGCAGUGACUUCAAAGGCGAGCGGCUUACGGUUCAGUUUGCUCGUGGCCCUCGACGCAAGGAGGUCUUUCCCAGCCCUAUGGAUCGCCCCAGUGCUCCUCGACCCCGUCGCACAACGUUCCGGAUGCAAAUUUCCGGUCUCCCGGAGACAAGUUGGCAGGAUCUUAAAGAUUUCGCUCGCCAGUCUGGAUUGGAUGUGGUCUACUCCGAGACCGGCCGUGAACAAGGUAAAGGGUUUGUUGAAUUCGAGACGGCCAACGACCUGAAGACCGCCGUGGAGAAACUCGACCAGCAAGACUUCAAAGGCUCGCGCGUGACUUGCGUUGCGGAUGUAAGGCCAAUAUCCAGCCUUAUGAAGAACGUGGUGGCUACCGCGACCCAUACCGCUCUCGCUCUCCUCGCCGUGCCUAUGCCCCCAUGGAUGAAUACGACCGAAGGAUCCCCCCUCGUGGCUACAGUCCCCGUGCCCACUACCGUGAACGUUCCCCAAUGGCCAUGCGCCGAGAGUACUAUGACCGGGAUGGCUAUGGCCGCCGCACUCCCCCCCCGCCCCCGGAUGGAGGACUACCCGCCGCCGCCACCACCACCGCGCCGUCCGUACGACGACCCGUAUGAUGCGCGCCGCCCGCCUCCUCCGCCUCACUAUGAAGACCCCUACCUGGCUGCACGACCCUAUCCCCCCGUCCGCGCUCUCCCCCGCGAAGCGAAUACGUGGCUUACGACCGCCGCGGCUACUGGUAAACAGACGAUGACGCUAUGCUAA